AGUGCAUUUGUCUCAGCAGGUCUGUUGCGUCGUUGCAGGCUUCGCGAUCGAUCCCUGGACUCUACGAGGACCCCACAACAGGUCCUGUCGGCUUGCAGCCUGCAUUCCCGAUGGAGAUCAACGACCCAGCUCAGAUAGCGGUGAUGACACAACAGGCUUUGACUACAUGCGUUGGCAGCAAAUUCGAUUUCAAAGUGAUCGGCCAUGACCUUCAGUUGGUCGAGGUCACUCUCAAGCCUGGUGAUAGGAUCAUCGCAGAAAGUGGUUCCAUCUGCUUCCUGGAGCCUGACAUUCAGUUUGAGGCGCAGUUGAAUGAUGGGUCCAGACCUGCCGGAAGCUGGUGGGAUAACGUCAAAGAUGCCGGGAAACGCUUGAUGGCGGGCGCUUCUCUUUCCAUGCUGCACAUCGAGAAUGUUGGACAGAAGCCGAGGAAAGUUGCAUUCUCGUCGCCCAUCCCAGGCCACACGAUCGGGAUCGACCUAGGCGCCAUGGAUGGCUCCAUCUUGUGCCAUCGACACGCCUUCCUGUGCGCUGCGAGAGGCACCAGCAUCCAGAUCGGUUUCACGCAGAGGCUGUCAAUUGGUAUGUUUGGAGGCGAGGGGUUCGUUCUGCAAAAAUUGGAGGGGAACGGACUUGUGUUCCUCCACGCUUGUGGCGCAGUAGUUCGGCGUGAGCUAGUUGAGGGCGAGCAGCUGCGUGUGGACACUGGAUGCGUGGUCGGUUUUUCCGCAGGCGUAAAGUUCGACAUUGCGCGCGUUGGUAGCAUAAAGACGUCGAUAUUCGGAGGUGAGGGCAUCUUCUUCGCAACCCUCACCGGCCCCGGAGUUGUGUGGAUCCAGAGCGUGCCUUUCUACAAGUUCGCCAUGAAGGUUUAUGCCGAGAUGCCCAAACCCCAACCUGUGAGGGAGGGGAACAGCAAAUGACCUUGCCAGAAGCGCUGUUCGCUCCAUCGGCCUGCGCCUCUCCGCUGCACAUCCGCACACAGGGUGGCGUGGUGCGUGGCUGAAUAUUUGCGCUGGCUGCCCUCACUCCUGUAGCAGCAGGAAGUCGACGUCUACGAGGAGGAUCGAUGCUUUUACGUUUUGGCGUUUCGCGUAGGGCUUCUGGAGUGUUCUGCAGGCCUCCAGGUGACCCCAGCAGAGGGGAUGAGGUUGGGUGUUCACGGAGUGGGG